UUUCCUGUGCUCAGCUGCUUGGCAGCAGAUAAAGGAGGGAGGCAGUGUGUUGCUGGGUUUAUACAGAAGAACUGCUAGAAUAGAUGUCAGAUUCCACCGGCUAGUGCAACUGCUUUUGAGAGCUCCUACUUCUGCCUUGGCUGCCCAGUACCCUCUUUCUCUCUGAUUUGAAGUUUUGGUUUUAUUUGAAUGUGCUUUGCAAGGGACAGAGUAAGCCUACUCAGGAGAAGAGCUGGUUCUUUUCAGCACCACCAAAACGGGACAGUUCUCACGAAGUCUUUGGACUGCAAGCCUUCUGAUCCUUUUGUCCUACCACAAACUGGACUCUGGAGCCACCUGGUACCAUGGAGCUGUCCACCAUCCCUGGUGCUGAAAUCUUUUACAACAGCACCUUGCAGAACUCAAGUUCUCUCCCAACUUCCAAUGCCACAAAUCAAUUGCCAAUGAAAAAUACUACUUCAAUCAUCAUAGCUAUUGCUAUCACCGCCCUAUAUUCUGUCGUAUGUGUGGUGGGACUUUUGGGAAAUAUCCUGGUAAUGUAUGGCAUUGUCAGAUACACCAAGUUGAAAACAGCCACAAACAUCUAUAUCUUCAACUUAGCCCUGGCAGAUGCCUUGGCCACCAGUACUCUGCCCUUCCAGAGCGCUAAGUAUCUGAUGGAGACCUGGCCUUUUGGGGAACUGCUUUGCAAAGUCGUCCUCUCCAUUGACUACUACAACAUGUUCACCAGCAUCUUCACCCUCACGAUGAUGAGCGUAGACCGAUACAUUGCUGUCUGCCAUCCAGUCAGGGCCUUGGAUUUCCGGACCCCAGCUAAAGCAAAGUUAAUCAAUGUUUGCAUCUGGGUUCUCUCCUCUGUGGUCGGAGUGCCUAUCAUGGUCAUGGCUGUCACUAAAUCUCAAGGUGGCAUUACAAUCUGUCUCCUUCAGUUUCCUGAACCUCAGAUUUACUGGGAUACUGUUACCAAGAUCUGUGUUUUUAUCUUUGCUUUCUUGGUUCCCAUCUUCGUGAUCACCAUCUGCUAUGGGCUCAUGAUUCUCCGCUUGAAGAAUGUCCGUCUCCUCUCAGGUUCCAAGGAGAAGGACCGCAAUCUGCGCCGUAUUACACGCAUGGUGCUCAUUGUGGUAGCUGCCUUCAUCAUCUGCUGGACUCCCAUCCAGAUCUUUGUCAUUGUUUGGACCCUGGUGGGCAUUGACAAGAAGAACCCAUAUGUCAUGGCCAGCCUGCAUUUUUGUAUUGCCCUGGGCUAUACUAACAGCAGCCUCAACCCUGUCCUUUAUGCUUUCUUGGAUGAAAACUUCAAGAGAUGUUUUAGGGAGUUCUGCCUCCCGUUCCGAUCACGGAUGGAGCAGAGCAGCUUUAGCCGGGCCCGGAACAGCACCAGAGAACGUGUUUCUACCUGCACUCCAUCAGAAGUUCUUCAUAAGUCAGCAUGACUAGACAUGGACAGCCACAAAAGAGGCUUCAGCAGAGGAGACAGAGGAGAAGAGCUGCACUCUGAAGUGACCCAGGUCAGUACUACAGAAUUCUAGCCUGAACUGAUACAGGAGCCAUUCAGGAAAAGACACCACCACAAAUCUUGUGAACUUUUCAGAGUAAUUUAGGGCAUCACUCUCCAAGCUGAUGCACUGGGACUGCAGUUCUCCAAAUUCCUAUUAAGCACUUCCAUCAUAUGUGGAGGACCACAUAUUUGGGGAAAGACAUGCUAAGUUUCCCCCCCUCCCCCCAUUUGACCUAUGACAAGCCAAAUUUUUGUUCUGCAAAAAGGUGUCAGUUUGUCAAGUGUUAUAUGGCUUCAAAUUUCUUAGAAAAUCUUUAAUUUUUUGAAUGAAGUCUCAAAGAGGCACUAAAUGGAUGCUGUAUAUGCGUGCCCAUUCAUGCCCAUAUGUACAUACACAUUUUUGGAUUUCUGAAAUCAAUGCCUUCAAAUGUUUUGAAGAACUCAUGGCAUCUGUUUCUGCUUCACUGAAGAUAUUUUUACUUUAGCUUUACCAAUUAGGGUCUGGUUGGUGGCUUCUGCCU